GCAAUAAUGCAGCGAUCCCGACAUGGCCUAGUCGUUGUUUUCUUGGAGCUCUUACUCCAGGCGGCGCCCGCCGCCGCCGCCGAGCUGCUGGACCUGUCCGACGUGGCGUGGGCUGCGCCACGCCAGGCCUUCGUGCAGUCCCGCGGGCGGCAGGAUGCGGCGGAGGGCGGCAGGGCCGCCUCGGGCGCCACCUCCGCGGAGGCGCGCCGCGCAGUGGAGGCGCUCCAGAGCCAGCUGGCCAGCGCGGAGCGCGGGCGGGACCGCCUGCAGAAGCGCCUGGAGGAGGUGCACCGCGAGGCCCAUCUGGGCGUGGAGCGGCUGAGGCAGCAGCUCGAGCGGGCCGAGGCGCGGCA